AUGGUGCUGAAACAAGCACUGAAGCUCAGCCAAGUGAGCCGUCUAUCUCAGACGGAUUUGUAUGAUGCCUGCAAAGAAAGGCACAUCAACUAUCCAUCUCAUUCUUUAGAUCUUGAGAUCCGUGCCUUGUUAGCCAGAGCCAUAGCCGGCGGCGAAGGGGUCUUGUGUACUCAUUGUCUCGCUACAAAAUGCCAAAGCCAGACGAUUGAGACACCGGUCAAGGAACCAAAGAAAGACUCAAAGACGGAACCGCAGAAGGUUGGUGGAACAGAGGCCGUGGAGAAGGAAGCCAACCCAUUUGAGGAGUACUCUGCUGCAUCCUCGCCUGGGAAGCCGGAGGUGGUGACACAUGGCAAUAAUAAGGAACAGGAAGAGAAAACAAGUGCUUCUAAGCAAGCUGAGCCCGCUGGAAAUGAAGUCAGUGAUCCUGCAACGCCUGAAGCCGAGGUGCAAGUCACACCACCACGUCUUGAUGCAAAAGUUCCAUUUGCAUGGACCCCGGCAGAGAAGCCAACUCGGACCAACUUGUUGUCUGGCAACCGCAGUGGAAAGCGUUUUGACACCGCAACUGACUGUAAAGUUUGUGGCAAAGUGAAGAGACCUGAGUGGAAGAAGGAUACUGCUGCGUUUUCACAGAAGACGUUCGGGGCAGAUGAAAAAAAUGGAUUUAGUCUGCGGCAGCAGACAGAUUAG